AUGGGGCUGCUAAUAACAACCAUAUCGCUAGUCAUCUCAGCUAUAUCCUGGCUAGACUGCGCAGUCUCUGCCCCUCGCGUCCCCCCCGAGCUCGACCUUUCCCGAUUCCAAGACCAGAACAUCAUCACACGCGAUGUGUGCAUCAUAGGCGGCGGUUCCGCUGGCACAUACGCAGCAAUUCGUCUUCAAGAAAUGAAUCAGAGCGUUGUCGUGGUAGAGAAAAACGACCACCUGGGCGGACAUGUCAAUACCUACGACGACCCGGCAACCGAAACCGCCGUCGACUAUGGAGUGCUAUAUUACGAGAACCUACCCUUGGUGCGAGAUUACUUUCACCACUUCGAUAUUGAACUGGAGAAGGUUUCAAUUCUAGAGCAGAACUCCACACAGCGUCGUGUGGACCUUCGAACCGGGACUCCAGUAGGCCCAGCCGAGGGCAACAUGCUUGUGGCAUUGGCGGCUUACUCGGCCCAGUUACUCAAGUACCCUUAUCUCAACACCGGCUUCAACCUUCCUUACCCCGUACCCCCGGAUUUGCUGCUCCCGUUCGGCGACUUUGUGAAGAAGUAUAACCUGGAGGGAGCGGUCGAUAUCAUUGCGAUGUUUAAUCAAGGCGCGGGAGAUAUAUUGCAGCAGACAACCCUCUACAUGAUGAAAUAUUUCAGCCUUGAUGUGAUCCAAAGCGCAUUAGGGGGGUUUCUGAUCCCAACCAGUCACAACAAUAGCGAGCUGUACGGCGCUGCGCAGGAAGAGCUAGGUGAGGACGUCUUACCGAAUAGCAUCGUCACUUAUACACACCGCAACGAGGAGAGAGAGUUUGCCUAUGCGGUGGUGGAAACGCCAUCCGGGGCGAAAGUGAUUCGCGCCCGGAAACUCAUCAUAGCCAUUCCGCCCAAGCUGGAUAUGCUGAAGGGAAUGGACCUGGACGAGUCAGAACGAGCGUUGUUCGGGCAGUUCAAUAACACAUGCUACUACACUGCUCUCGCCAGGAUCCCGGGUCUUCCGGAAGAUAUGCAAAUUGUGAACCGUGCAGUCGAUAUCCUUUACCAACUGCCGUCUCAGCCUGCGAUCUACGUGAUAAAUACUACGAGGGCACCGAAGCUGUUUUCUAUCCUCUACGGAAGCAAAGGCCACAUGACGGAAGCAGAGGUUAAGGGUAAUAUGACUCGCAGUGUCAUGCAAUUAAGGAAUGCUGGCAUCCCGGUUGAACCGCCGGAGUUCGUUCAAUAUUCUGAUCAUAGCCCGUUCCUAUUGACUGUCCCGCCGGAUGCGAUUCGCAAUGGCUUCUACAGACAUCUGAAUGAUUUGCAGGGCCACCGCAAGACGUACUAUAUGUCUGCCACGUUUAAUUCGCAUGAUUCAGCGCAGAUCUGGUCAUUCAUUGAGAGUUUACUACAGACGAGCUUUCUGUGA